GCCGGCCCCCAACACUCUGCAACCAAGUAAACUCAGAACUACUUACUUCGACUGUGUCAACACAUCAGCUAAUGCCUGGCAGAACCGAUGGGCUUAUGUGACACCCGAUAUCCUCUCCUAUCUACACUGCGAAAGACUGAAGUUUAACCCUGGUUAACAUGAGCACAGAAAGUGGCGAACAGGUUGUCAUUGACACCUACCAAACCACAGUCCACACACUGGGUAGGCAGAAUGGGAAGAAGGGCAGGCGGCUCCGCUACAUGCAGAAAGAUGGCAGGUUUCCUGUGGUCUUCCAGAAGGCCCCUGGAGAGUGGAGCCCAUACCUGAUGGACAUCUUCACCACUCUUGUAGAAAUCCGCUGGAGGGUGAUGCUCCUUGUGUUUUCCCUCUCUUACAUUCUCUCUUGGCUCUUUUUUGGUCUCUGUUAUUGGCUCAUUGCAUAUGUGCAUGGAGACAUUGGCGAUGUAGAUAUCAACCCAUGUGUGGACAAUGUGAGAGGCUUUACUGGAGCUUUCCUGUUUUCAAUGGAGACCCAAGCAACUAUUGGCUACGGCUUCAGGGGGAUGACUGAGAACUGUAUGGUGGCCAUUAUUGUAGUGACAAUUCAAGAUGUGUUUAGCUGCCUCCUUGACACCAUAGUCAUUGGUAUUGUUGUUGCUAAAAUGGCAUCUGCUCGUAAGAGAGCUCAGACGGUGGGUUUUAGCAGCUGUGCAGUGGUCAACUUGCGAGAUGGAGUCCUGUGUCUGUCAUGGCGCCUUGGGGACUUCAGAGGUAAUCACAUCCUGGAGGGGGUCGCCGGGGCCAAGAUAGUCCGCCAUGUAAAACGGCCACUUGGGUUUAUUGUGAUGUCCUAUCAGGACUUGGAAAUCCAGAACCGGGACAUCGUCCUCGCCACGCCGGCCACUAUCAUUCACAAGCUGGAGCCGGGAAGCCCCCUCUACGGCCUAGGCCCCGACGACCUGCUGGGGGAGGAAUUUGAACUGGUGGUGUCCUUCACCUACACCGGAGACUCCACAGGUAUGCUCCACCAGACCCGGACCUCAUACAUGCCGGCGGACAUCCGCUGGGGUCAGCGCUUCCGGGACAUGAUGAAGGUGGGCAAGAAGCACUACAAGGUGGACUACGCUCUGUUCAACGAGACCACAUGGGUGCCGGUGCCUACGCUCAGUGCGGAGGAGUACGACAGGGGGAGACGUCCUGUAGAGGGCAGUGACUCCCGCAGUCCACUCACAUCUUCAGUCAAGAGGAACGGAUACACCUGCCGACUGAACAGUGACGUCACUGAAGAGGUGCUGCACCAAACCUGUUUGUAGCUUAAGCAACCAAAGAAAUACAUCGCCGUGCAUGGUGGACUGUUCCCAUAAGUGUGAUAAGUUGUGCUCUUGUAAAUAUAUUUAUAUGUGACCUUAGAGUGUUCAAAACCUGAUAUGUUUUUUAUAUGAAUAUAAUCAACAGCCACAGAUGUAAUAAAUCAAAUAAAAUUCUAUUUGUCCUUUAAAAAAA